CAUCUCGGGUCACUCAGCUGAGCAGCUCGGUUGGUCGCCUCCACCCGGAAGCUCUGGCAGGGUGGUGGGAAGACUCUGGAGAGGGGCGGAGUGCGGCGAGGUUUGCGGUUGCCAGGAGCCCGCUGCUCUCUGGCGGGGAGCGCCGCGGCGCGCUCUGUGUGGGGAACCAGGAUGCGCUGAGCCCGCCAGCAACGUAUCCACGCUUCUUGGGGGCCUCGUAGCAGCACAAUAUUAAGAUGGAGGACUAUGAGAAGUUCUGUGAAAAGCAUCUUGCCAGGAUCCAAGGAGAGUCAAUUCAAAGGGAAACCUCUUCAUCUGCUCAGAAGAAUAUCUCACUUAUUCAAUUUCAUGGCAUUCCUGUGCUUUCACCUCUGCUGAGUCUUGAGAGAAAAAAGGAAAUGCAGCAGGAUAAACAAAAAGCACUUGAUGUAGAGAUCUGGAAGCAGAAUUCCAGGAAAAGAGCUUUACUGAAUCGUGUUCAGGAGAUCCUGGAAAACGUGCAGGUCAGAAAGGUGUCUAGUAUGAGCAAUUUGGAUCAGUGGGAGUCUGAGAGUGGUCACUCUAAUUCAGAAUCAAAAGCCUCAAAUGGCUUCACAGUGCUAUCAAACAUCAAUUUGCCAAGUUCUAUUGCAUGCUGUGGUACUACAGACCUUGAAAAAACGUUGGAAAUUAUGCCAGCAGACACUGCUAUCCAGGUUACAUCAAGUGGAAUAGACUCAAUUAGAAGCACAGAAGAACAUAUUUCUCCUGAACAAAGUGAGAGCAACCUCUCAGAAAACAUUGCUUGCCCAAAGGUUACAUCUCCUGAUAAAACACAAAAUAUGACUACCUCAAAUGCACAUGUAAACCAAGAGCAUACGGAGGUGCCACCAGCUGGUGAGGAAGUACCUGAUCCUUAUGUAAUGAGUCUUCAAAACCUUCUGAAAAAGUCUAGGGAGUACAUAGAGAGAGAGCAAACCAGACGUAGCAUAAGAAGUAAUUCAAAAAGAAGUGUUAAUGAAAAUCAUUCAGAUAAAGAAAAUGAUGCAAUUAAAAGAAAUGUGUCUGGGAAAGAGAGAGCGAGGUUUACAGGUAGGAGUUGUACUCCUCUGACACUUGAUAAACCAAGCCUUAAUAAAUCAAAUAUUCUUCUCCAGGGUGCCUCUGCCCAAAUAAAUAGCAUGAGUACAUCAGCUUCACCCAGCUUUUCUAAAGUGGAUAUACCUACAAGAGCUGGAACACCCCCAGUUUUGGAUUCGGAUUCAGAUGAAGACUUUAAAAAUAUCUCUACCUUUGAUCACGACACUAGUAUUGUCAGAAGCCUUACAGGUUCUUAUGCCAAAUUACCCAGCCCGGAGCCAAGUAUGAGCCCUAAAAUGCACCGAAGACGUCCAAGACCUUCAUCAAUGGGACACAUAGUUAUCAAUAACCCUGUGAAUGCCUAUGAAUUAAGCCCUUUAAACAAGGGAAGAGCAAUUGACUUGAUCAUACAAGAUGUCACUGACCAAACCAAUGCAUCUGAACCUGUGCCAAAAUUCACUGCUGACAUCACUGCAGUUUGUUCCAGCAAAGCUCAUGUUGUUAACAAGAAUUCUUCAGAGACUUCAAAUCACAUGUGUCAGCAUUCCAUUAGUCAACUAGAGAGCAAAGGAAUGAUGGUGUCUUCCAUAAUGGAGGGAAAGCUGGAUGGUAGAAGGCCUUACAAAAUGGACAGUACUACUUGUACUGUAACUCCAAAUUUGCAUGAGUCAUAUGCAGUCAGUCAGUCGAUGGUGACUCAAAAGCUCAUAACUAUGAAUGGAAUCAAGCCAGAUAGUUUAUUAGAAAAGACCAAAAGUAAUUCACCCGUGGAACUCAAUAAAUCUUAUGAUGUAGAAAAUCCAUCUCCAUUACUGAUGCAAAGCCAGAAUAAGCAUCAGCAAAUGGAUACUCCAAAUGUUUCUUCUGGAAAUGAACACUUUGUAGAAAAUGGUUUUGAAAAAGUAAAACGUAGGCUUGAUUUAGAUAUUGAUAGCUCACAGAAAGAGAACAACCCAUAUGUUUUAACAGAUGGAACAGAGGAACAAGAGAAGUGGAGGUUGCAAGACCGAAGAUGCCCCAUAGGAUCUGUUUAUGGUAACAAGAAUAAAACCUCAGGCAGUGGUACCAACGAAGAAGAGAUUUUGAAAAAUAAACUCUUGGCUUUUGAAGAAAUGAGAAAGAGACUUGAAGAGCAGCAUGCACAACAACUGUCAGUACUGAUAGCUGAACAAGAGAGAGAACAGGAGAGAUUGCAGAAGACUUUUAAUUUGCAGGAGAUAGAAGAGCAGGAGAGAAGGUUAAAAGGAAAGAAGGGUGCUACAGCAGACACAGAAAUACCCAAAAUGACUAUCAGCAGUGGGAUGGAAUUGGAGUGGAGAAAAAUAAGCGAAAGUGGCUUGUUGGAAACAAUGCUGACUCAAGUGGAGACAAUCCAUAACACAAACUCGAACAGCACUGGUAAAAGUUUUGCCAACACUAACAUGCCCAAUAGUUUUGGUUCAACAAAUGAAGCUCCAUUCUAUCUCCGGGGACCAUCUGGUAGUGGAAUGUCAAAAAUGUCAGCAUCCAGGCUUAUUAGGGCCAAAACCAGGUGGUCUCAGGCCUUCAAUCCAGAGAUGCAAAUGAAGUUCAGUAAGAUCACUGCCUUGGCAAAGGGAUUUCUGACUCGUAGGCUCAUGCAAACAGAAAAAUUGAAAUAUCUUAGGCAAACCGUAAAAGAUACUAUGGAAUUCAUAAAAAAUUUUCAGUCUGAAGCUCCCUUAAAGAGAGGAACUGUUUCAGCGCAAGAUGUAUCCCUACAAGAAAGAGUGAUGGCUCAACUGCGAGCUGCGCUGUAUGACAUCCAUGAUAUAUUCUUUAUAAUGGAAGUAUCUGAAAGAAUGAAUAUUCUGCGUCAUGAUCGUGAAGUUCGCAAAGAGAAAAUGCUGAGGCAAAUGGCUAAAAUAAAGACUCCACGAGAGAGGGUGACGCUUUCGACAGCUACACAGAAAUCUCUGGAUAGGAAGAAGUACAUGAAGGCUGCAGAAAUGGGAAUGCCAAAUAAAAAAUUAAUCAUAAAACAAAAUACUCCUGAAGCAAGAGUACUUCAGCCAAAUCAAGGACAAAAUACUCCAAUUCAUAGGCUUCUUUGCAGGCAAGGGAGUAUAUGCAGGAAGAAUCCAAAGAAAGAAGCCAAAUGUUGUGACAAUUUAAGACGUCAGCACUCACUCGGAUGAUAAAAAAAAAAGGCUAUUCUAAUGCAAUAGUCUCUUCAGCAUUGGUUCAGAUCUUGCAUCUCCUGUCUGUAUGCUUUGAAUUGACAAACAUACACAUUUAACAUAUUUUGCAUAUUUUAAGGACAUAGGUUUUUAUGGAAUGAUGUUAAGGUAAUGAAGAGGGCUACAAAUAAGUUCUUCUACUCAUGAAAACAAAUGGCAUGUUACAAACCUGUUCAGAUUACUGCAGACAUAUGUCCACAUUCAAAAUGCUCUGUUGUAGAAAAGAAUAUAGUGCAACAUUGUUUAUUUGUAUCUUUUUGCCAUCUCUCUGACUUAUAUACAGUGUCAUGCACUUUUUUGUACUAUAGGAAAUAUAUUUACAAUUGCAGUUCAUACACAUUAGUCUGUAUAACUGAUUUCCUAUGUGUACAUAUUUUAGCCUUUUACCCUAAAAUUAGAGAAGUAGAAAAGAUAAUUUAUUCAACUGUAACAAUACUGUGCGUUUUUCCUCUGUAUGUUUGAGAGCAGCAUCACUGAGUCUAUCAUUACAUAUGAAUGUGCUAACCUUAAUUUAAAUACUAAUGACAGAUAUUGUUACUCAUUUCUGUUGACUGUUUGCAGACAUGGAUCUGAGUUAAUUGCUGGCAUAAACGUACAAUUGUAUUUACAUGAAUGAAGUUGCACCUGUUCUCAUGGGUGGUGAAUUUAGGCCACAAUGAUGAAACAUUCCAGGCAAUUUUUCCUCCAUACUGUUUACUGAAUUUACUAAUUCCAAACUACAUUUUGAUCAAGAUGAAGUAUAAUUAAGAUGUAGCAGUUCUAUGACACUGUACAAGAGUUCUAAAAGGAAAGCCUUUAAUUGUCCUCAGCAGUCAUACAGAUGACUGUUUCACACCAUUAUGUGUCUUAAGGUUUUAUUUUUGACAUUCCUAGAUCUACUUUACUGUCUAAACAAGUAACUUGGAACAGUUUUUUUAUUUAAAAAAACAAAACAAAACAAAAAAAAACAACAACCUGUCAUCAGUAACAGAUCCAAACACUGAAGCCAUGCUUCCAUGUUCCGAGUCCCUAAAACUUUGCAAGACUUAAAUUCCAAAACACAUGUUCCUGUUUGCCCCUGUCUUUUUGGCUAUUUCAGCCAUUAUGAAUAUGCUUCUUUACAGAGAGAGGCUGCUUAGUAAUUUUAAUCUUGAUAACGAGCUUCUUUGAAUCUUUCGUUGGUUUUCAAAUAAAAUAGAGAAAAUCUUG